AUGCGAUAUACAGACCAACUCCGUGAAGCUGCCGGCGAUCAAUGGAAUCGUGUCAUCCAUCACAAAUUCACCAAAGAUUUGGCGGCGGGGACAAUCGAUCAUGAUUCCUUAAAGAAAUAUCUUAUCCAAGACCAUCGAUUCUUGGAUUCGUUUGUUGUACUAUUGGCGUCCAUCAUUGCCAAGGCAAAGACCUUGGAAGAUAGAAUUCCAGGUUGUCAGUUCUUAGCUUUGAUUACCGGCAAGGAAAAUACCUAUUUCGAACGCAGUUUUGAGGCCCUCAAAGUUUCGCAAGAAGAAAGGUCGUCGAUUCCCAAUGCCGCUUGUACCACUGGAUUUUGCGACCUGAUGCGUUCCGUGGCUGCUACUGGGAGUCUGGCGGAAAUGCUGGCAGUCAUUGUCGUUUGCGAAUGGUCCUACCUGUCGUGGGGGGAACUCGUGCUAGAGGAGCACGUGCGCAAGGACUUUUACUGUUACGAAUGGGUGGACUUGCAUUCGGGUGACUAUUUUACCAGUGUGGUGGAAUACUUACGAUCUCUGCUUGACAAGGAAGUGGAAACCAUGAACGAUGCUGAAAAGGAGGCCUGCCAAGCCAGAUUCUUGGAAACAGUUCAGCUGGAAGAAGACUUUUUUGAUUUUGCAAUGAAGAAAUAG